GCUUCAGUAAAGCGUUUCGGCCUGACCUGGAUCUUUGUGCCGUUGACUGUCGAUUUGUCUCGGGGUUAAUUUGUUUGUCUUCGUGCAGAGCUGAGCGCGGUGCGGGUUGCUGAGCCUCAGCUUGGCGUCUGGGAAAGGGCUAAUCUUUUGGAAAUUUCCUGACUGGGACAAAGAACCAUUGCACAGACUCCUGCAGAAUGGCCAGUGAUUGCAGCAGAAAAGCUAUUCUCCAAGAUGUUGUGGCAUUUGUGGAGGUAUGGUCCUCAAACAAAACUGAAAACUAUUCAAAACCAUUCGUAGGCCACUUGAUUGACAUGGGUGCCAAAGUUUUAAAAUACUUCAAUAAGCAAGUGACUCACGUUGUAUUCAAGGAUGGACAUGAAAGUGUUUGGAAAAAGGCCAAAAGAACUGGUGUAAAGCUGGUGUCUGUACUCUGGGUAGAAAGGUGCAUGGCAACAGGUACCCAUGUUGACGAAUCCUUAUUUCCUGCCAUGAAUGAAAGUAAAUUUUUACCUGAAAAUAAGAGAACACAUCGAUGUAUGAAACCCAGGGAUUUCAUAGAAAAGACACCGGAGAAUGACAAGAGGUUGCAGAAAAAAUUGGAUCAAAUGAUUCAGAAUCUAGAUUCGAAAAAAACUAUCGGAGCUGAUCCACCUUUACUUUUGUUUGAUGAAGACGCUACAGGUCUUAAUAUGCCCAAAAUGAAAUCAGUUCCCCUCAAUCAAUUCUGCGGAAUGGUAGAAAGAUUGAAGGAAAUGAAAGAAAAGAGAGAGAACCUUUCACCUACUGCUUCCCAAAUGUCUCAAUCGAUAUCAGGUUCUGCGACCUCUCUUUGCCAACCAUUUCUUGGGGAAUCUCCAACAAUAACACCAAAAAGGUUUGCAGAAGAGCUAGUAAUUGAUUCAGAAGGUGCUUCAAUUAAUGAUCCUUGUGGAAGCUUUGUUCAUGAAAAGAAGAUUCCACUUUUAAGAGAUGCUUAUGAAGAGCAAAUGGAUCAACAUUCCAGACCUGAGUCUUCCGUUGAGAGUAGCCAUUUGUUUUCACCUAAUAGUGAUUUGAUCAAAGAAACCUCACAACGAAGAAGAAAGAAAACAGUCGCUAAAACAAAAUUACAUAUUUCUAAGAAAAAGAAUCUUUUGGCUUCACUUGAUGAUGAUGGAGCAUCACCAAGCUCAUGUAAUGUGGAAAGGAAGUAUUCUGAAGGAGAAAAUGGUGAGGCUUUUGACAGUGCAACACCAGAGCUUAAACUUUAUAGUAAUAUAAGCAAAACAAAUAUAAAAUUGUCACCCCCAGACCAGACAACCAGCAUUGCUAAAGAAUGUGAUUUUGCAGAAACAGGCUGUGUGUCAAAUGUACAUUAUAAAAAUAAUGCCUCACCUUUGAAACCAAAAUGUUCCCCUGCAAGUAAAGAAAAUCAGACAAGUUCAAGGAAAAAUGGAAAAUUAUGUAAAAACCAGAUUGCUCAUUUAAAGCCUACUGGAAUUGAUUUAUUUAAAGCGAAAGAUUUUUCGAGCAGUUUCCCUGAUGACUACCCCACUAAUGGGGAUGUAAUGGUGUACGAGGAUUUCUUUUCUCCUGUCAAUUUGAAAGGUCAAAAUAAGCCAAGACCUUCGUUGGGUGUGCUUCCACCUGAAUCACCAAGUCCUCCCAGAUUAAGUUUUGGAAGUGUUAAGCAAAAGAGAAAAUCACAAGAAACUAAUCAUCAACAUUUUAUAGGUAGAACAAAAAGAGCUAGAGGCAUCACAAAUUUCAGUACCGGAGAGCAAUCGAAUGCUAGUAUUUAUAAUAAUAAUGAACCUUUGAAUGUAAUUGCACUAGUUGACAAGAAUAACCAUGAUUGCCAAAAUGAUUCACAUCAGCCAGCAGCUGCUACAGUUUCUAACCGAAGGAAAUCUCAUAUAAAACAACUACUGGAACAUUUUCUUGAUGAAUCAGAGGAGUUGUCAAACAAUGAAGUGUCUGAGAAAAUAGAAUCACAUCUUCACCGAAAUAAUGGAGAAAGAAAGGUGGAUUUACUUGCAAAUGAUUCUACGCUGACUUAUUUUUGUGGCCAUAGUAAAGGAAUAAAACUUUCAUCAGAUUUACACACUGAAACAAAAACCAACUCCCUGAAUUCUAUAAAGCUCAUUGAUCAAUUGAAUAAGGAACAAACUGAAAAGGAAAAAGUGCAGUGCCACCAAGAGGACAAGUUAUCUAAGAACUUCUUAACAUUGAAAACCACUGACAGCGACUUGGAAGAUAAGCACCUUUGUGCACCCCGCCAAAGUCACAAUAAGAAAUGCAACACAACUGAAGUAACACAUACAACCAUUGGAUGCAAAGGGAAGAAUAUAAAGCCAAGCAGAACACUCGUCAUGACGAGCAUGCCUUCAGAGAAUCAGAUCAUUGUAAUUCAAAUUGUGAAACAGCUAGGUGGCUUUCUGUUCUCAGACCAAGUGACUGAAACAACAACUCAUGUCAUAGCAGGACACCCACGACGUACUUUGAAUAUUCUGUUUGGAAUUGCCCGAGGGUGCUGGAUUUUGUCCUUUGACUGGAUUCUUUGGUCUUUGGAGCAAGGGUGUUGGGUUCCUGAAGAACCAUAUGAACUAUCAGCCCAAUUUCCUGCAGCUACUAUCUGCAGAUUAGAAAAGCAGUCAACAACAGGAGUCUAUCAGCAGGACUUAUUUUCAAAUCAGCCUUUGAUCUUCAUUUCAACCAAAAGUGAACCACCUACCUUAAUGCUCGAGAAACUGGUACAGUUGUGUGGGGGAAAGGUGUGCAAAACGUUACGCAAAGCUGGGAUUUGUAUUGGACAAUACAAGGGAAAGAGACCUCCUGAAAGUCAACACUUAUCAGAAAAUUGGAUACUGGAUUGUAUUACCCAACACAAGCUCUGCUCCAUCGAUGGCUACAUCCUAGAAUAGAGAAAGCACUGAUGAUAAAACUGCUUCAGAAGAGGAGUGUGCUUCAGUUUGUUAACAUAUUCAUUGUUCCUUUCAGCAAAGCUGAUACAUAAGAAUAAUAGGCCAUAUUUUAUAAACAAUUGAUGACUUCAAAUAAUAUUUUUAACAAGGGUUUACAUGACACAAAAGUGUACUAUGAAAGAAGAAAAGACCCAUAAAUUGAGGUAUCAUCAAUCCUUUUGGAUUGUUCUGUGUGUGUAGUGUGAUUUUAAAGUGCUUUAACAUAUUUUAUGGACAUUUACAUCUGUUUUAAUGAAGUAGCUUUAAAAAUAUUCAUAGUUCUCAACUUAAUCUCUUAGUUUGAAGAUUACACCUUUAACAAUAGCCUGCAUGUGAUAUCAGUGGAUGAACAUUCAAUGUGUUUGCAUGAAACUGCUUUCUCUUCUGUUCUACCUAUUAAAAAAAAUAUGUAUUACAAUGAUGAAAAAUAA